AGCUAGCUUAAUAUCCAUUCAGGAAGAAGCGGUUCUGAUUAGCUUAGCUAGCAUAGGUUGCUACAAAUCUUUAUAGUGCAAAAAUGGCGUCGGUCAACCCGUUUAAUCUCAGUGAUUCCGAGGAAGAGGCUGAACGGCGCCCCAAUGAAACAGUUGACACAGAGAGAAGCCCGAGUGACGGGGCACCAGGGCCGCCGCCAGGUAACCCUUUCUCACCGCCUGCGGACACCGAGCCUCCGACGCUUCUGCUGUCUAGCAACCGGACGAGCCCCAGCGGUGAGGGCUCGGGCUCGGUCGCGGCCACCUCGGCGAUGGCAGGCACCGCCGAGACGCGAAUAUCUGUGGAUAGUAUCGCUGCUCAGCUAUUACGGGACCAAUACAUCCUCACGGCCCUGGAGUUUCACACAGAACUGUUGGAAGCAGGCAGAGAGCUUCCGAGGCUGAGGGAUUAUUUCUCAAACCCGGGCAACUUCGAGCGACAGAGCGGCACUCCGCCUGCCAAGGACCAGGUACUCGGACCUGGAGGACCAUUGAAUCGAGCAGGCAGCAUCAGCACCUUGGACUCUCUGGACUUUGCCCGUUACUCAGAUGACGGCAACCGAGAGUCGGACGAGCGGGUGGCAGUGCUGGAGUUUGAACUACGGAAAGCAAAGGAGACCAUUCAGGCUCUGCGCGCCAACUUGACUCAGGCAGCAGAGAGCGAAGUGCCCUCUCAGGAGAGAAAAAACUUCAAGUCAAGUCCUGAAAUUCAGGAGCCUAUACGCCCACUGGAGAAAAGAGCCUUAAACUUCCUUGUGAAUGAAUAUUUAUUAAAAAAUGAGUACAAACUCUCAUCCAUCACCUUCUCUGAUGAAAAUGACGAUCAGGACUUUGAGUUGUGGGAUGAUGUGGGCCUCAACAUCCCAAAACCCCCCGACCUGUUACAACUCUACAGAAACUGUGGUACCCCCCUUCCUUCUCCACGGGACACAGUUGAUGUGUCAGUUGGGGUGGAUUUUGGCGAUCUUCCAGGAAACUGCAUCCCCCAAGAUCCCCCAAAGAAGCCUGACCUCUUACAACAGCAACAGACAGAAGUCGUCCAAGAGUUGGAGUACCAGAUAAGCCUCCUCAACAAUGAGAAGCAGAACCUUGCUGAGCAGAUUAAGAAACUGCAGAGUGAGAUUCAGACACUGAAGAGGACUGUGUCUUCCCCACCUCCGGCCACUCUGGACUUGGCCUCCCAGAAUACAUCCAACCCGUCCUCCUCCACUACCAACACCACUUCUACUACUGACCCUCCCUCUGUGCCUCCUACAGAUAACGGCCAGUAUCUGGACAUCCGGGGAGUUUCAGAGCCUGAAACUAAUUCGGAUCCCCCCUCCACACAGAACAUAUCACAGCCUCACCCACAGUCCCACAACAAGCUUAAGAGUCGACCUCCUGUUCAGUUUGAUCAACCUAACAGGAAGCUAUCCCCAGCCUUCCAGCAAGCCCUGCUGUCCUUCUGCAGAAUGUGCUCCGACAGCCGCCUGGGAGCAGAGGUGUCUCGUAUAGCAGACAGUGAGGAGAGCGUGAUGUUAAUGCUGGGCCGCUGCCUCCCUCACAUCGUCCCUAAUGUCCUUCUUGCGAAACGAGAGAGAAUGGUUGCACAUCUUUGCCAGGAGUUGAUCCCACUCAUCUUAUGUACCGCCUGCCUUCACCCAGAGCCUAAAGAGAGAGACCAGCUCCUCCACAUCCUCUUUAACCUAAUCAAGAGACCAGAUGAUGAGCAGAGACAAAUGAUCUUGACGGGGUGUGUUGCAUUUGCGAGGCACGUGGGUCCCACGCGUGUCGAGGCAGAACUACUUCCUCAGUGUUGGGAACAGAUUAACCACAAAUAUCCAGAGAGGAGAUUGUUGGUGGCAGAGUCCUGUGGAGCCUUAGCACCAUACCUGCCUAAAGAGAUCCGUAGCUCCUUAGUGUUGUCCAUGUUGCAGCAGAUGCUUGCUGAGGACAAGGCUGACAUGGUCAGAGAGGCUGUGGUCAAGAGUCUGGGUAUCAUCAUGGGUUACAUAGAUGACCCUGACAAGUACUCCCAGGGUUUUGAGCUAAUGCUGUUGUCACUCGGGGACCCAUCAGAGCGGGUUGUCAGUGCAGUCCACCAGGUCUUCAUUCCUGCCUUCGCUGCCUGGACCACAGAGCUGGGCACCCUGCAAACUGCACUCAUCCCUUCUCUGUUGGCACGUAUAGAGAAGCUACUUAUGCAAGGAGAACAUGGUCUGGAUGAACACAAGCUGCAUGUGUUCCUGUCAGCCCUGCAGUCCCUUAUCCCUCCUUUAUUUGCUGUGGUGCUGCAGAAUGCACCUUUCACCAGCAGAGUCAAACUCAACGGAGACAUACCUGCAAUAGAGGUGACCCGGUUCCCCAGGCCAGCAUCUCCGCUCCAGGACGUCGCAACCAUCAUAGGCAGCAGGGAGAUGCUAAGUGCUCUGCUGAUACUCUACGACCACCAGCUAGAGCACGAAGGAACCACUGGCUGGGACAGCCUGCUAUGGGUGGUCAACCAACUCCUUCCACAGCUCAUAGAGAUCGUGGGUCGCAUCAAUGUGACAUCAUCGACCUGUGUACAUGAGUUCUCUCGCUUCUUCUGGAGGUUCUGUCGCACCUUUGGCAAGAUUUUUACCAACACUAAGGUUAAACCACAGUUCCAAGAAAUCCUCCGACUAUCUGAAGAGAAUGUUGAUGCUUCAGCGGGAAACGAUAUUCUCACUAAGGCCACAGUCCCCAUCUAUGCCACUGGAGUGCUGACUUGUUAUAACCAGGAUGAGGAUCGCAAAUUGUUGGUGGGUUUCCUGGAGGAUGUAAUGACCACCCUGUCUCUGUCCCAUGCACCUCUCGACAGCCUAAAGGCUUCUUUUGUAGAGCUAGGAGCCAACCCAGUGUACCAUGAGUUGCUGCUCACUGUUCUGUGGUAUGGGGUAGUGCAUACUUCUGCACUGGUCCGGUGUACUGCAGCACGGAUGUUUGAGUUGGUUCUCCGAGGCAUGAGUGAAGCAUUAGUAGAUCGCCGUGCGGCUCCGGCCCUUAUAACUCUGUGCAGUGGGCCUGAAUUCUCAGUGAGGAUAUCCACUAUUCCUGCCUUUGGUACCAUCAUGGAGACCGUCACACAAAAAGAGCUGCUAGAGCGUGUUAAAAUGCAGCUGGCCUCAUUCCUGGAAGACCCUCAGUACCAGGAUCAGCACUCUUUGCACAUGGAGAUCAUCAGAACUUUUGGGAGGGUUGGACCUAACGCAGAGCCACGCUUUAGAGAUGAGUUCGUGUUGCCACAUCUUCACAAACUGGCGCUGGCUAACAACAGCCAGACGGUGGAGAUCAAGAGGAUUGACAUCGCCACCCAGCUGUUUGAGGCCUACAGCGCCCUUUCCUGCUGCUUCAUUUCAGAAGAGGUGAUGGUCAACCACUUCUUGCCUGGCCUGAGGUGUCUCCGUGCUGAUAUGGAGCAACUCUCCCCUGAGCAUGAGGUUAUUCUGAGCUCUAUGAUUAAAGAGUGUGAAAUCAAAGUGGAAAACAGAGGAAUAGGAGACGCACAAGGCUCCAUUUCCAUUGCCUCCAGUUUGGUGGGUGAGGAUGCCAAGACCAAGUUCCUGAGCAAGAUGGGUCAGCUGACCACCUCUGGCGCCAUGCUGGCUAAUGUCUUCCAGAGAAAAAAGUGAUCACAGCGGUAAACUGAUUGACCACUGCGACUAAUUGACAACCCCUUUCUGUCUUUGGGAGCAUUUCAUUCUACUGGGGAAAAAAGCAUGGGUUCAGCUUAAAGUAGAAGGAAAUCACGUGCAUUGUUUAUUCAUUUUCAAGAAAUGAAGGUUUUUUGAAAGUUCCAUGCUUUUUAAAGGUGACAGCAUUUUUUCUGGCAGUGACAGCUGAUGGCCUUUGUCCAUUGCUCCUCUUAAUCCUUACUCAUGACAACAGCAUUGCCGAGGACUAGGGAUUUGCUUUUAUGAGUCGUUGUUAAUGUUGUCUUUUCAGAAAGAGGUAAGCGUGGAAGACGCUGAACAGUAUUGAGAUGCACCCAAAGUGAUAACAAGGGACUUGUUUCCUGGACUUCACAAAAUUUAAUUUGAUUCUUGCACAGUACUUCUUUUAUCAGAAGAGCUUCUCUCGUCUCUAGGAAACAAAACUCUGAGCACGGCCUGCUGGAUUUCAUUUAUCAUUUUUGUCUGGGAGUAAAGAGUUGUACGAUAGAUGCAUUUGCUUGCAUUUGUUGUAGAGUCAUUGUCGGAGGCAUCAUAAUGGCUCUGUUAAGAAUGCCUUGUACAGUGUAUCUGUACGGCUCAGAAGUAACGCAUACUUGAAGCUAUAAAAAAAUUGUUUCGCCUUUAUUUCUUUCAGUCUGUCACUGUUUUUUUUUUUUGACAGCUUCUAUUUUAUAACUUAUUUAUGUCUUAAUGAAAAAAAAAAACCUUAUUCCAACUUCCAAAGAAAUUUGCACUUCACUUUACUAUUUUGUUCUUUAUUAUAAAUAUAUAUAAAUAUGUUUUAAUUCAGAGUCUUAUACAUUAUGAACAUUAUCACUACUGUUAAUGGAGUUCUUUUUUGUUUGUCCGUUUUGGCAAUGUGAAGUUGACGAGAACACUGAUCAUAAUUAUUCCUUCGCUGUCCGUUGCAUCGUGUCUCUCUGUGUUGCAGUGUCUCUGAUAAUUGUACUUUUUUUCUAAAGUGGGUAUUUGGUUCUAUUUUUUGUUGUUGUUCCUUUUCGAUAUGCUCUAAGAGAAACAGUAAAUAACUGUAUCAUACACUGAACUGAAGAGGAUGGUACCCAUUAUGUAUAUUUGAAAUUGGUGUCAUGGUGUAAUAAAAGAUGGAGAUCAGUUGUGUACUUAAA